CCAGGCCAGUGCGGGGAGCACCGGGUGAACACGAGCCUGGCCUGCCUGAGGUGCGAAGCCGGGAAGGCGCCGAACGGCGACGGCGAGUGCACCGAGUGCGAGGAGACUUCGGUUCUCGUUCCUCUCGGUGCUGCAGUAGCAGUUUUCAUGGGCCUGAUCGCAAUCUACCAUUUCACUGCGACCGAGAACCGCGCAUCGCAGAACAAUUUGCGGGUGUUGGUCGUCAGCAUCUUUGGUCAGCUCCUCGCGGUCGCCCAGAUCCUCGCGGUGCUGUCUCAGUUGGACGUUGAGUGGCCUUCGCCGUUCAAAUUCGUGCUGGCCUUCGCCAAAGCAUUUGCGUUCGAGCUGGAAAUUCUUCGCUUCAGAUGCAUUAUCGAUCCGAGCCCGGUGUGGGAUUACAGCCUGAAGAUCGUAAUGUUUUUCGUCCUGCUCGUGGCGAUGUUCAUUAUUCACACAGUGCACAGCUUGUUCUUCUACAAGGGCGGGGGCCCUCGACGCAGCACAGUGUUCGUCGGCUCCAUGGGCACGAUCGUCAUGGCGUUUUUCAUCGUCAUCUCCUCGACGAUCUUCUCGCCCUUUCGGUGCCUGGUCCACCCGAACGGGGUGUCCACGGUGCAGUCUGUGCCCGAGAUCAUCUGCUUCGAUUCCGAAGAUCAUUCCGACAUGGCAAUCGUCGGGAUUCUCGCGGCGCUCAUCCCCGUGGGGUUCUUGUCGACUGUCGCGUACGCCGUGCUUCGCCUUCCGUCUCGCAUGGCAUCGGGCGACGCGGAGUUCCUGCAGAUGUUCGCUUUUCUGUUCUUCAGGUUCCGGCCCCAAACUUACUGGUACGUGUUCCUGCUGCUCUCGCGCAAUCUGUCGGUGGCGCUGAUACCCGUCGUUCCUAACGUGACGGGGCAGCUGUUCUUAAUGUUCGUGCUCAUGGGGUCCUCCUCCAUUCUAUCGGCGGUUGUUGUGCCAUGGCGCAUACUCCUGGCCAGCAUGCUGGACAUCUUUAUAGGCGUUUCGUUGCUUCAGAUCACGUAUCCUGAGCGCAUUCUGCGCGUCCCUUUGGCCCCAGUGUUGACAUGA